UGGGAGGGUUUUCUUCUGAUCGGUUCUUCGCCUGCGAUUUUCUUCAGGCGUUUUCUCCGAUGAUCCUUCGGAAUCUACGAUCCCUCGUUGUUCAAUUUCUUUCUAGGAGCGUUGGAAGAGUGAGAUAGUACAUGUAGGAAAUAGUGGCCUUUGAACGAAGGCCUUGCAUAAAAACAAGUAAAAGCUGAAAUAAAGAUGAUUGGGGAAUGAAAGGAAGAUUUCUUGUUUUCUUGUGGGAGUAAAUAAUUAAAUAGCAAAAAAAUAAAAUAAUCUACGAACCAAAUGUGAUAUUAUUUUUUUCUAUAUUACCAUUUUCAUUUUAUAUGUAUUUAUGGAGUGCGUAUAUCAUGUAUGAUUCCUGAUUCCUCUUAUUAAAUUUAUAUUUACAUUUCUCCGUAUGUGGGAGAAUUAAAGUAUAAAUCUGAUCCAAUAUUCCUAGGCAAAGGUGAAUAUAUAGUGAUGCAUUUAUUUUCUUUACAAGUUCAGGUAUCAUUUGAUCUUACAUGAUUAAUUUCAUUCCUUCUCAUUGAUUUCGUAGACGAAACUUAGGUGUCGAGGCACAAAUGUUAUAAGUUUGGGUACUCCCGAUCUUGAUUUCCGAAACCUAAAAAAUGAUUUUCAUAAGUAGGAUGCAUCACAUAUGAUAGAUUUUUUUUUUAAAAAAAGAAUAUCACUGUACAUAUACACCCCACUAAAGCCUGCCUUGUAAUACUAUUGGUUGUGUUGGAAACAUGGUUGUCUUUUUAUAUUGUUCAUUUUUUUUUAUUCUUUCUUGUUCUAAACACUUCGUUUUCUUCUUCUCUUUCUAUUUAAAUGAAAGAUAUGGUCCAAAAGCUAUACACUUUAUGAAAGUAAUGAAGGCAAAUAGAUUGAUAUAUAUAUAUAUAUAUAUUCUUUACAAAGAAAUCGAAUUCAAGCCAUGCAAUGUUUAUAAAAUCAUUCAUUGCAUGCCUUUUUUUUAUUCAUCCAAAUAAUAUAUUCUUGAAACUAUUCUAUUUGAUUGCUGAAAACAUAGUUGCUGCAAUACAUAUGGUUAGGUUACUUAGGUAUCUGCAAAUAUAUGUUUCGCUUGUGAUACUAUGUUACUAUGUUGAAUUUCACAGGAGAAAAGAAGAACAAUAUACCUAAUCAAAUCAUCCUUACAAGAUCUAUUUAGGUCAAACCAAACGAGACCGGUGGUUUAGGUCUAAACCGGUCUCACUCUAAUAUUUCUUUUGUUUUUUCUUCCCAUGUUGUUGCUGACAUGUGACUACUAGCUUGCUUGACAGGGAUCUAGACUUGGAGGAGACUGUUGUCUCCAAAAGAAUGUUGGGACUUGGCUAGUCAUAGGUUCUAUAAAUGAUAUGCGAAGAUUUUGUACCAAAUGUUCUUCUUGGGGUUAUAUAAAUGAAAUCAAGAUUUAUAUCCAUAACUUGUGGGUGCUUUAGUUUUACUAAAAUCAAUGUAUACACUUUGCAUAAAAGGGAGAGACCCACUCGGCAGCAGUACCCAUUGCAUCUUUUGUGAAGUUUGAGAGGGAGAGAAUAAGGGCAAAGCUAAGUUGCCUUUGGCUUUUAGAACUGUUGCAACCCUUCCUUCUUGUCAUCACAUGCAUCCCACUUUGCUCUACAAAAUCCACUUUGGACCCUCUCAAAACACAUUGCCUCUCCCACAAGAAAAGCAUUACUUCUUCCUCUUUCAUAUACACUUUAACACCUUCCCUUCUCUUCCUCUCCCUCUCCCUUCUUCCUCACCUCCACCUUAUUAACUCACCUCUUAACUUCACAUAAAACUUCCUUAAAACCAAAUACCAAAGAGAUCACUAAGUUCUCUGUUGAGUUAAAUGAAGCCAAAACCCUUCAAUCCUUGUCUUUAGUGUUCCCUCCUCGUUCCAUUUCCCUUCUUUGCCACUGUUUCAGUCUCUUGUCACUAUUUAUACACACACAAAUACUAAGUAUGAGAGCAGGGGGUUGCACGCUGCAGCAAGCGCUGACGCCAGAGGCAGCCAGCGUGGUGAAACAAGCCAUGGCUUUGGCUCGAAGGCGUGGCCAUGCUCAGGUCACUCCUCUCCACGUGGCUAGCACCAUGCUCUCUGCCUCCACUGGCUUACUCCGUACGGCUUGUCUCCAAUCACAUACUCACCCUCUCCAGUGCCGAGCCCUCGAGCUCUGCUUAAACGUAGCCCUCAACCGUUUACCCACUUCCACUGGUAGCCCUAUGCUGGGUGCUCCUACCUCUCCUUGCCCUUCGAUAUCCAACGCUUUGGUUGCAGCUUUCAAGCGUGCACAAGCUCACCAACGACGUGGAUCCAUCGAGAGCCAGCAGCAACCGAUCUUGGCCGUGAAGAUCGAGUUGGAGCAGCUAAUAAUUUCGAUUCUUGAUGACCCUAGUGUGAGUAGAGUGAUGAGAGAGGCUGGUUUCACUAGCACUCAGGUGAAGAGCAAGGUCGAGGAAGCUGUUUCUUUGGAGAUUUGUUCCAAGACCACCUCUUCGAGUAAACCUAAAGAAGGAUCCGACAGCACUUUCCCUCUCUCUCAGACCAAGACAGACAAGUUAUCAACGCGGGUUUGCGAGAAAGAUGUCAUGUAUGUUGUGGAAAAUCUUGUGGACAAGAGGAGGAGGAACUUUGUGAUCAUCGGUGAGUGUUUGGCCACUAUCGAUGGAGUUGUAAGAGCGGUGAUGGAGAAAGUCGACAAAAGAGACGUCCCCGACGCAUUGAAAGACAUAAAGUUUAUAACUUUAUCAUUUUCCUCGUUCGGACAGCCGAGUAGAACGGAAGUCGAACAGAAGCUGGAAGAGCUUGAAAAGCUUGUGAAGAGCUGUAUAGGCAAAGGGGUGAUUCUAAAUCUUGGUGAUCUUAAUUGGUUUGUCGAAUAUAGAACAAGAAGUUCGGGCGAUCAUCAACUUGGAAGAGGUAACAAUUACUGUGCAGUGGAACAUAUGAUAAUGGAGAUUGGUAAACUGGCUCGUGAAUUGAUGAUGGGAGGUAAUGGAAGGUUUUGGCUCAUGGGAAUUGCAACUUCUCAAACUUACUUGAGAUGCAAGUCAGGUCAUCCUUCUCUUGAGCUGCUUUGGUGCCUUUCAGCUCUCACUAUUCCGGCGAGUAGCCUCCGCUUGAAUCUCAUCUCCGACGGCGAGGUCGAGAUUGAAAACCACGGCCUGAUGGUCAAGAAAACAGAGACCAAUUUGAUACAGCCACUGCAGCCGCUACAGCUGACAGCAGGGACUGUAGUGGUUGCAGAAGUCGAGCAGCUCACUUGCUGCCGGGAAUGCUCAGUGAAGUUUGAGACAGAAGCUCGAAGCUUGCAAUGCAGCAGCAGCAACAGCUGUAACGCCACUACAGCUCUCCCGGCUUGGCUUCAACAGUACAAGAAAGAGACUCAGCAAGUUCAGAACCACAACAAUGAUUAUACUGAUUCAGGUUCUAUCAAAGAGCUUCGCAUGAAGUGGAACUCUAUCUGCAAUUCAAUUCACAAGAAACCAUCAGAAAACUCCCUUACAUUGUCUUCUCUUUCUCCUUCUUCCAUCUCUUACGAGUUUCAUCGUCCAAAAACUCUGCAUCGAAGCAACAGUGAUUGGCCUGUGAUCGAAUCUAACAAGUAUUGUCAUUCCUUGAUGCCAGAGACAUCCGAUGUUGUCCCUGCUGAACCCAACUUGAGAUUAUUCAUCCCUGACAGCGAUAACUUUCAGAAAACUGGGAAGCUUUUUCCUUCAAACCCGAAUUCCUCGAUGAAUUCUGCGGCCUCUUCGAGUGAAGCAAUGGAUAUGGAGUAUGUCUCCAAGUACAAGGAGAUGAAUCCUGAGAAUCUAAGUGUUCUAUGUGAUGCCUUGGAGAAGAAGGUACCGUGGAAGAAGGAUAUAAUACCCGAGAUAGCGAGCACGAUCUUGAAAUGUAGGUCGGGAUCGACUACUAGGAAGCAACCUAAGGACAAAAACAAGGAUCUAAAGGAAGAAACUUGGUUCUUUUUCGAAGGAGUUGAUGUCGAAGCCAAAGAAAAGAUUGCUAGAGAGUUGGCAGAGCUCGUUUUCGGGUCAGAGAACAGAUUUGUUUCCAUUUGUUUGAGCAGUUUCUCCUCGACAAGAGCUGAUUCUACCGAAGAUCUGAGGAACAAGAGGGCAAGAGAUGAACAGAGUUGGAGUUACAUAGAGAAAUUCUCUGAAGCGAUAUCGAGCGAUCCACAUAGAGUGUUCUUCGUGGAAGAUAUCGAACAAGCUGAUUACUUUUCCCAAAUGGGUUUCAAAAGAGCCAUAGAAAGAGGAAGAGUUCACAACGCAAAUGGCGAGGAAUCUUCAGUUGGAGAUUCAAUUGUGAUAUUGAGCUGUGAAAGCUUCAGAUCGAGAUCGAGAGCAUGUUCCCCUCGGAAAUCGGACGGUUCAGAUCAUUCGGAGGAUAAAAACGUGACACUUGAUCUGAAUCUUUCUCUUGAAGAUGAUGAUGGUCCUGAGGAUCAAUCCAGUGAUGAGAUUGGGUUACUUGAAGCUGUUGACGGACGGUUUCAUUUCAGAUAUCAUCAUCAUCAUGAUGCAUGAUCAUGAAGAAGGAAAUGAUCGAUCCCAUGCAUGAACCAACAUGGUGGUGAUGAUCAUAAUGCUUCUUGUUCUUGAACUUUCCAAUUUAUUUUCUUUGUUCAAACAUGUAGCUGAAGUUUUUUUUUUUUUUGGCUUAGGGAAUUUCUAAAUGGGUAAAAGAAAUAGGAAUUUUUCUUCUCUUUUUUCCCCUUUUAUGUAAAAUUCUGAUAUGUGAAUGAUCAUAUAUAUUAUGUA